AAAGAAAAAAAAGAAAAUAUCUCCACCCUACCACCUUCAAUGUUUUAUUUCAUACUCUGUUAUACUUUACAGAUGGGUUUCAAGUAGAUACGACCAUUAGCCGAUUUAAUGGUCAAGUGAGUGAGAAGCCGCUAGAGCCAUGGCAAGGUGAUGUUACAACAGAAGAUAGCCUUACUUUAGGAGAUGAAAGUUCGAAUGGAUGGGAUGUGGAUGAUAUGUUUAGGAAGAAUGAAGAAAAAUAUGGUGUAACUACUUCCUACACACCUGACAUGGUUGGAUAUACAACUCCACUCAAUAGACGUAACACACGGGAAUACAGAGAGCGGGAAGCUAGAGCAACUAUUAUUGCCGAAGAAAUUAUGAGUUCUCCGGGAGCUAGAAUGCGAGCCGAGAUGGAGAACGGUGAUGAAGAGGAUAAGUUUUCAGCUGUAUAUCGGCCAGAUCAAGCUAGUGGUGGCAGUGGAGGAUGUGGAGGCAAGUAUGUACCACCAAUGUUACGCAAAAAGAACCAAAAUAGUGGCAAGUUGAUGCGAUCAACACCACCACCUCAGGGCGCUCGACACAACAGUCACGGUGGUUCCAACCCGACCACACCCACCUCACCAUCGUACCCAGGGCCUCCCCAGGGAAGUUCUGGCAGCCAUAGCCCAAUUGGUGGCCCUGGUGGUGCUUCACCAGGUUAUCCUCCUCCACAACAAGUUUCACCUGCAACCCACAGUCCCUCCCCAGCAAGUCACCCAGCAGUGCAACGCCAUAACUCCCAAGGCAAUCACCAUGCCCAUACUCAAGAUGGCAAGGUCAACGGAGAUUCAAAAGGUUCUUACGACCGCAGAAGCCAUGAAGGUCCCAUGUGUGAGAACAACAGAGAGAGUCAUCAUAGUAAUGACCACAGUAACAAACAAGAACUUCAUGGCCGUCAGCACCACUCUGCCUCUCACUCAGAUGGUGCUCAUCCCAAUCAGCCACAGCAGAAGCCGAAGCAGCCUCCUCCACAGCAUUCACAUCAGCCAAACCAACAUGUGAGCCACAUGCCGCCAGUGGGGCAGGGUGACCAUCGCAAAGCGGAACCUCGGGAGCAGAGGGAGCCUCGCAAACAGCGCUCCAACAAGGAUGAACAGAUUGCAGACUUAAAGAAAUUCGGUGCGGACUUCAAAUUAAUUGAUCAGGCUGAUAAGAAACAACAACAACCACCACAACAGCAACAACCACAGCAGCAGCAGCCUCAGCAACAGCCACCACAGCAGCAGCAACCCCAGCAGCAGCAGCCUCAGCAACAGCCUCCUCCACAGCAGCAACCGCCGCCUCAACAACAACAACCUCCCCCACAGCAGCAGCCACCACCACAACAGCAGCCACCUCCACAGCAAUCGCAGCCGCCACCACCACAGCAACAGCCUCAGCAACCACCACAGCAACAACAGCCACCUCCACCAACUCAGCAGCAACAGCAGCAGCAGCAACAGCAACAACAGCAGCAGCAGCAGCAACAACAACAACAGCAACAGCAGCAACAGCAACAUCACCAACAGCAGCAGCUGCAGCCUCAGCCUCAACCUCAGCACCUUCCUCCCCAGCAGCAUCCACCUCAGAGGCAGACCUCCCCAGUUACAACACCUGUCCCUGCUGGUCCCCCUCAGGCAGUGCCCCAGAGCACUCAUCACCAGCAGAAUCCCCCUCCAAUGACCAUGAGCCCAGCAACUGACAUGAGCAAGAGUCAUGAUGAUGUGGAGAAGAUAACUGUAACUAACUCUAAAUUGAAUCCAAAUGCGAAGGAGUUUAUAUUCAACCCUAAUGCAAAGCCCUUCAGUCCAAGAUCACCUAGCACAACCACCCCACCAAGGCCUCACACCCCACAGACACCUCAGAUCCCAACAAACCAGCUGCAACAGAUGGCAGGAGGACCACCUGUGGGUUACCAGCCAACAGUGAUGUCAGCAGCUUACGUCAUGACUCCCCAGCCAUUUGCUAUGCAGCCUCAGCCACCUAGAUUUCCCAAGAGAGUGCCAGGAGGUAGCAAUCAGCGUCCAGAAUAUACGUCACAGAUGCAGGUAGCAGCAGCAACAGGACAACCUAUUCUAGCGCCAGCACCGAUGAACACUCAGCCACAGGCGAUAACUGCUGUUCAAAUACCACAGAAUAUGUUGCCACAGACACCAGCACAUUAUCAGCAAUACCCAGGGAUGCAUAUGAUACCAGUACGGUUUCCUCCCACUGGAAUGCAAAUGGUAACGGCAGUGGUGCCAACAUCAAUGGGAAUGUAUCAUCAGAAUGCAGAGUCCCAGCAGCAAUCACAGCAACAUAGUCACCAAACUAUGUUUAUGGCUUCCACUACCCUCCCGCCCCACCAGCCACAUCCUACUCACACUCCAGGUCCUGGCCCGCAACCAGCGCAACCACCAACUCCGCAGAAUCCAGGAGGAGGUGGUGGGCCUCCAAACAUGCCAACACAGCCUCCCACACCUGGACCUACUCCACCACAGCCUCUGAUUUAUCCACCCCACAUGGCCGGACAACCAUCUCUGCCUCAACACUUGUCGCAACACUCUCCUCAUACAGCCCCAUCACCCCAUGCUCACCAGUAUCCUGGUCAGAAUGCAGCAGCUGCUGGACACCAUGGAGGGCCUGGUCAGCAGAUGACUACCCAGAUUGUGAUGCUACCCCCCAGCAUGCAAGCAGGUCCACACAUGAUACACCCUUCAGGACCACCUCCACAUUCUGCUACAGCACACAUUCCCUCCUCCAUGGCGGGCUUUACUCCCACUUCAUCUGCCGCUGUACAGCACAUGCCUUCAGCCCCUCAUAUUCAAUACAUGCAAGGUACACCUGGCAGCCAUCAUCACUUGCCCAUUGUCCAUCACAGCCAAUGAAGCCUGGGCUUAGUAGGAGUAAAUCUGCACCAUCCCCAGCCUUCAGUUGUGUCUGCCUGAGUGUUUGGCCUCUGUGCAGAGUGGGAAUUUCUCUGCAUAGUGAAAUUGGGGAUGUUAUGUUACUGUUGUCAUGUUGAGAGAUGUAUCUAGGGUAGCUUGGUUACUACACUGAUCACUGUACACUACUACACUGAUAUGGCUGUUGUCAUAGCAGUUAUGUGCAAAGCAUUAGGAGGGUGGGGAGUUGUUUCCUAAAUUUUUGUUUAUAUUCAAUGAAACCAAGGGGAAGUUAUGCAAGGGUAAUUUAAUAUACGGGUAUGCUACCUUUUUUUCUUUACGUUUUAGUGUUUCAGGAAAGUUUCAUGAUACAUAAGUAAUAGGGACAGUUGCUAUCAUAGACACAAGCAGUCAAUAUAUAGCUGUAUGCUUUUUGACAGGGAGGUCGGUAUUUAUUGUUGCGAUAAGAAGAGGGAUAGCAUUUUAAAGUGACUACUUUUGAAAGGUAGCCCUCAGAUUUGUAGGAGUAGUGUAAUAUUUUUAUUUAAAGAUUAAAGAAGUUCAUGUGGUAUGGGACAAUAUCAAAUGCAGAGUUUAGAUGCUAUUGAUGCCAAGUAUCAGGUAGGCAGACUGGAGAGCUGGGUGAUGUAGUUGUGAUGUCCAGGUGAUAUAUGUCACAUGGAUUUAUCAGUAAAAAAGUAUUUAUUGAUUAGCAAUAUUCUAUGAGAGACAGAAUGAAUGAGGGGCCAGUCAGACAGCUAGCCCAACAAAAUUAAAUAUGAAGUGUGAUUUGCCUUAUCAUGUUUUGAAGUAAGUCUCAGUAAAAUGAAUCUGUGUUGUGACUUGUAAUGGAAAGCCAUACAGCAAUGUUGAUACCAAGGGCUCUUUUGUCACACCAUAUUUUGUACUGACUUGCUAAAAGGCAUCUCAAACUCCCCUCCCCUACUUCCCUAGCCCCACAUUCUUCAAAAGAAUCAUAUGGAAUGAUUUGGAGUCUGACUGGGAUGAUUAUGUGGCCAUUACAAACAUUCAACCUUUUCCUUUUCACAUUGUUGAAUUUCUAUUCAUUUACAUCUAGAUCAGGAUACGAAGCUGUGCAGUAGUGGUGAUGACUGUGUACAGUUUGGUGUCCAGCAGCUGGCUGGUGAUACUGCGGCAGCAAUGCUUACUUUUCUCUGAAAACAAAAGUAAGCUGUUUUAUAUACACCUCUUUUUUAUAAGUUGCCUAGCUAAAAUUACUUGCCUCUAUUUCUUGACUUUCUGUCUUACCAAAUCUCUUGGGCAAAUGUGGUAAGCUCACAGAAUGAAUUAGCAAGUUUGGGCGAAACAAGGAGUAUCAGAGGCGAUCAGAAAGCUGUCAGUUUGGAAAAUACAUUUGUAAUAGAAAUGUCACUCCAUUUCCAUAAGUAAAUAAAAGUGGAGAAACAACAUAAAUAUGCAUACUUGUUUUUCUUUUUCGUUUUUAUGUAUUAGUUAUUUUAUUUCUUUUUCAUCGGAAAUGAAACCAUGUGUAAUAUUUUGCUGAUGCAUUACUGUUACAAUUUUUUUUUUUUUUUUUUUUUUUUUUUUUUUUUUUUUUUUGUAUAAAGCUUUUUCACUUCAUCAUCUGUUACUGCUCUACAAUGUUCUGUGUAAAUGACAGCAAAGUCCUGUUACUCGUGGCAGGGAACUGAACAGCCUCUGCAAAAACAAGAGGUGAGAAAUUGAAAAAAAAAAAAUGGAAUAAGUUCCAAAAAUCACUUUAUUUUAAAACCAAUUCAGAGGCCAGGAUAUGGUAAAGGGAAUAAUUUGUUUGGCUCUUUUUUUCCACCUCUUGUAGUUUUCACUUCAAUGAUGGGAAAAUGUAGAAUAUGACAGCUAAACAUGUGAUGCAUUGUUAAAAAUUGAUGCUGUUUAUUAUUUAUAUAUUGUGUAUGAUACACUUGGUUACUUAAAAACCACCUUAUGAGAACAUUCAAACCUUACAAGGUAUUUUACAUUAUUCAGUUGUUUUUUUGUUCCAUACGAGAGAGAAAUUGAUAUGCAACUGAAUAAAAAAAAUAAAAAAAAGGGAUUUGUAUGAAGAAAAAAAUUCAAAGAUCAUUUGCUUUGUGAGCAGAGAAUUGUACAAGAUAUUUAAGUAUGUUGGAGUGGAUGCUAUGUGUUUGAGAGUUUUGCGCUAGUGUGAAAGUAUGAAAGUGAAUAUUGCAUGCGUUCAGAUGCCAGUGUGAACUGUGUACAGCAUUAGUAAAACUGUUCCCCUGUCCUGUAACUCCCUCACUACUAUCUUUUCUCUUAUUUUUCCAUGUUCCGUGAUGUGUCUGUGGACGAUAUUGUCACUAUUUAUUACUAUAAGGAUGAAUCUCCUACCAAGGAUUCAACCAGUGAUAACUUUAUUCUUGCAGAUACACUAAGAAUAGCUGGCUAUUUUUCUUAUGUACUGGUGUUGCAGGCAGUUGAGAGUAACGAGAGAUGCAGGGCAGUCACUUUAAACUUGUACAUUUAGGGUUUUAUAAGAAGUGUUUCUUUUAUUUAGUAUUAUUUACAUUCAUAUAAUGUUUCCAAGAAGGAUAACAUUAUCAGGAUUUACUCUUCUAUUAAUUAGUUUGAUUACAUAUGAUUUUAACCUUAAAUUUUCAAUGUUUGAAACUGUGUUCGAGAGAGAAUCCACAGAUACACUUUUAAACGAAGUCUGCCACUGCAUAAGCUAGAUAUUUUCUUAUUCUUCUUCUUAAUGAUAACUGUAUGCAAAUGUGCUAGUAAGCUGAAACAAUUGUUAUUUUGUAAAAUAAUUUUUUUUCCAUGUAGAUUCCCUUAAUUUUGUUUUAACUGCCUGCAGUAAACUUAAUAUUCAUCCCUACACCAUUUCCUGCGUCUCUGCUAUUAUUUCUCUUCUCUCUCUCUCUCUCUCUCUUUUGCAAGGAAAUUAAUCCUUUUCGUUACUGCCACAACAGGAGUCGUCAGGGCGCAGCAUAUGUAGAUGUUGAAGUUACACAUUAACUUCACUGCUAAAGAUGUAGGUCUCUCACUUCUCUCUUGCAGGGGAAUGUAUGAUGCUGUAUCAUUCUUGUAGCAAUCUUUCUUUAUGUAUUUUUUUUAUUUUUAUUUUUAUUAUUUUUUUUUAUUUCAUUAUGAUAUUAAAGUCGGAAGUUUUUAUAUGUGAACAUUGAAGGAUUUAUAUAUGAAGUUUAAAAAAGAAACAUUGUUGAAUAGAUAUGGAAAAUUGCUAAACUGAAAGUUAUAUGUAUUAAGAUAUUUAGAAUGGGAGAAAAGUAAGCAGGGUUAUAAUAAAACGAACAUGUUAUGAAUGGGAAGGAAAGUGAAGGGUUUCAUCUCUCUUAAUGUAUUGUGCCACCAAUAUUGUUAUCAAACAGGAACACGGAAGAAGUUGGCAAUAACACUAAAAGACGUGAUGCCCAGUACUCGAAACUAUUGAGAAUGUAGUCAAAAAUACAAAAGGAAACUUCCCAUUGUGUAGCAGCUGAAACUCACAGCUAAAGGCUAUAAAUAAAGAGAAAAGUUUAUAA